AUGUCGUCUUCCAGCUCCAUCCGCUCUGCGCUGCAUGGCCGCUCCGUUGCUGUACCACUGAUCGGGUGCCCGGAUUGCGGCGAGCAGGUGAGGUUCUACCAGUCUAGCACCGAUGAGCACGAUGGAUGGAUCUUCUACAAGUGCGUGAACCACCAUGUCACUUGUGAUUUCUGGCACUGGGAGCUUGAAUAUGUGCAGCAUCUGGUUGAAACAAGGCGUCUGGUUGGUGAUGCUGCUGUAGAUGCAAUUGGUGCAGCUGAGGACAGGAGGGAAGAGCUUGAGAGGCAGAGGAUUGAAUCAAUGGCAGGCAGAGGCACAACUGGAAGGGUCAUGGCUGGGAGAGGCAUGGCGGGAAGAGCUAAUUAUGCCAGCUCCAAUGAGAAUAACUUUGGUCCACCACCAGUCCACUACCACCACCACCAGAUCCCCUUCUUCUUCCUCAUCUUUCAUCUUCAAUUUCGUGCACCACCAGAUCCCUUCUCUCCUCUGUCCAAUAGCACCAACAGAUCCCCUUCUCAUCUUCAGCUAGCAGCAACCAUGGUGUCCUGGGAUGAUCUUCCCUGUUCUUCUGAAGAUGACUCUGUGACCAGCAAGCCACCUACCACAAUAUCCUGUGAGGAAUGGAGUGGCUUGGUUACAGAUCUGCCUAUCUUUAGAUGUGGGCAUGGAUCUUUGUGUGAGAAGCAUGUGGCAUUUGAAUCUGUUGAUAUUGGCAGAAGGUUUCUAGCUUGUGCACAUAAGGAGGUACCUAAAUGCAGAUAUGUUGAGUGGGUUGACCCUGAGUGGCCUGAUGCUCUGGAGAUGAGCCUAGCUAGCAUAUGGACCAUGUAUGAAGAGGAGAAAAAACAGAGGCUCAGAUAUAAUGUUGUGAGUGCUGAAGAAAACUUGAAGGUUCUUGAAGAGAAGAAGAAGAUGGAAAAUGAGUUGAGGCAUUUCAAGCUUGAUUUUGCUAAGAUGGUGGCUGAGAAGGAGCAGGCAAUCAGCCAAUUAGGCAGCACACAACUUGCUCUGACUGAUCUAAAGGAAGAACUUGAGAAGAAGAAGAUGACAGACAAGUCAGUAACCAACAUUCAUCAGGUAUUCAGGGUUAAAGCAGAGAAAGAGAGGGACCAAGUAGUGCAGGAGAGGGACCAAGUGAUUCAAGAGAGGGAUGACUUGAAGCAUGAGAAAAGGAAGCUUGAGUACAUGAUUGGUGACCUAUUCAAACACAAAGAGGCCACCAAGGAGAAGAUAAGGAAGCUGAAGGGCAUGCUGAAUGAAUUUGAUUGA